AUGUCGCCGCGUAAGAAUUACGGCCCACCGAUUCGCCAAUCCCAACGCGUGACAAACGCAAACUCAGCAAAGCCAGAUAAUUUGGCUUCAGGCACUGCUACUCCCAACACCGAAGGUUCGGAUCAAAACGGAGAGAUUACAGUUGCCCCAGUGAGCCCAGAGCCAGUAGAGCCCGCUCCUACCAGCGCCAACACAGAGCCUGAAGAGCCCGUUGAGCCCCAAUACGACACAGAGCAAGAUCAGCCAGUCGACAGCAUCGAAGUUGACGGAUCGUACGAGUACGAGUCAGUUUCCGAACACUCAGGAGAGGCGCGAAGCCCUCCCCACCAACCUUCUGCCAAGACGUCAGACGGCAGGAACGAAAUUCCGAAAUUUCCAAGCAGAGCGCCCUCGCCUGCCGCCCAAAUGAGAAGCGAAAUGGCAAACGAAAGCGAAAACACAACCGGCCAGGCCACCAUCACUCAAUCGCAUUUGCAAGACCUCUUGGCUACUAUUGCCCAACUGAAGGACCAGUUGGCCACCCAAAACAACUCCACCAGUAAUGGAGCCCGUGGGGUUACACCCUUUAACAGCGCCUUCGGUGGGACCUCCGGUAAAUUUGCAACAGUGGAUCAGGAGCGCAGCAGAGGAUGUUUUUGCGGAGGACGGACCCGAGGACAAUGUUGCCGAGCACGAUGCGAAAAAGACACGAGAGCGGAGGAAGGCCCCGAGGAGACACACGUGACAAACUCAAGACUCUGACCGCCUACGUCGAUCAGGCCUUAGAGGGG